UUCAUACUUCUCCACGCAAGGCCAAAAGGCUUCUUACAUUUUGUUUAAUGUGCAACAUUCUGUGUUGGAGGACACCACUAAGGUAUCCGUCGGCUCCAGACCUGUAACUAAGUACCUAGUGACACAAAGCGAGCUGGCAGAAUGAUGUAAACAAUGGCGAUGUCGACCGUUUCUUCUGCAAUUGUUGCUCAACAUUGUUUCCUGGACAUAUCAAGGAUUUGUAGGAAAUGUUUAGCUGGCAUCAAGUCGUCGCAGACAGCCGCUUUUUAGUAAGCAACCUGCUUUUCAAUAAUUAUGGAAGUAGGGCUACUACAACUGGCUGUAACACACCUUUUAGCCACCAAAGCCGGGGCUUGGGCGCUUCGAGCGGUUUACGGUGGCCAUCAGCGACAGAGCCAAACCCAAACACAGCACAAAUGUCAGAAACGUGGAGCAACAAAAUCCUCUAAGAAGUCGUUCAAGAGAACUCAAACCGGGCGUCAACCUCCCGCUGCUCAUGGCAGCGCCAAUGGCCAGCGGCGUCAAGGCAGCCAUCGUUCCCGACUGCACGACCCCUCGCCCUCAUCAGCCGCAGCAUCACGCGCCAAAGCUACAACUGUGUCUGGUGGGACACAUCACGCUUCCCCAGCACAUGCCGCGCUCCUUGCAGCGGCCCCGCUAGGAUUCCUGCCUUGGGGCGCCCACAACCAGCAGCAGAGUCCCCAACCUCACCAACAACAGCAGCAUCAACACCUGCUACUGACAUCUAGCUGCCAGCAGCAGCCCGAGGGUAAGCCUCGCCAGCACCAGAUUCCUCACACCUCCGACUCAUCAUCUUCUGAAUCCAUCUGCAGCUCAGCGGCUGGAGAGGACAACUGCAACUCGGCCGCGGCCACCCGCACGGCACUGCUACGCUCCUCCUGGCCCACAUCCCAGGCAGGGUCGCAGCUGCAAGCAGGGCCUGUUGGCCCUGAGGUCCUCGGUUGGCAUUUGGAGGCUGACAGUGAGUCCCUGGAUGUAGAAGCAGUACGAUGGGGCGAUCAGCCGCUGGAGCAGCAUGCGGCGCAGCAGCGGCCUCAGGGCGGCAGUAAAGGGCCCCUUUGGGCUACAGCCGUGGCAGCGGCAGCCCGGAGGCUCAUGCGCGCGGAGGGCGGCAGGAUGAGGCCGCUGACAGGCACCCAGAGCUCCGCAGCCCCGCCCACCGCCACGCCAGGCGGCGCCGCCACCGCCACCGCCACCGCCACUGCGACUACUCCCGCCACCUCAGGCGGCAGCACUGGGCAGCCGCCUAGCCACCCCCAUCCCCACCACUCCCACCCCCAGCAUGUGCCCCACCUGGUGGGGCCUGACGCAGUCGGCUACUCGGGCGGCAUACUUGGCUUCGACCUCGGAAGCACCGGCGGCGGCUUUGGAGGCGGUGUCGGCGGCUUUGGCUUUAGUGUUCGCAGCGGCGGUGGCGGUGGGGGCUUUGAUGCCACCGGCUUUCGCAGCAGCAUGGGUCACAUCCCCAGCAGCCUGCACAGCCGGCGCGUUGGCGGCGGCGGUGGUGGUGGUAGGGGCGGCCUGUGGGGUGUACGGCGUGCCGUUGGCGAUGUGUUUGGCGGCGUGGCGGAAUGGGCGGUGGAGGGCCCUGUGAGGAGUCUGCGGGAGUUCAACCGGGCUCUGACGGAGAGUGUCAGCGGCUUCCUGGCGAGUGACUCGGGUCGGCGGCUGAGUGAGCAGGUGGCGGCGGAGAUGAGCGGAGGCGCACUGAUGGCGCCGGUCUACCUGACGGAGGAGCUGGUGAAGGCGAGACUGCGCAGCCUGGUUGCGGCUCAUGCGCGGCGGGUGGCGGCGUUUUUCGCGGUGCGGGUGAUGGUGGCCUCCGCGCUGCUGCACGGGGCCAAGGGACUGGUCAGGAGGCUGCUCCGCAAGAGGCCCCCCCGGCGCCUGCCCACCUGGCUGCUGGGCUCGCUGGACUGGUGUCUGGAGGCGCUGCUGCCCACCGGCUUCUUCGGGCCGCUGCUGGGGCUGACGGCGGGGGUGAUGCAGAUGGCGGGGGUGGGGCCGCUGGGGGUGGGGGCGGCGUACCUGCGACUGGCGUCGUCGGCAGCCGUGGCAGAGGCUCCCCCGGUGCAGCCGCCGCUGGCGACGGCGCUGCCUGCGGUGGCGGCGGCGGCGACUGACGCGAUGGCUGCGGCGGCUGGGGGCGCGGUCGCGGCCGCGAGUGAGACUGUUGCUACUGCUGCUAGCGCCCUGACUGGCGGCAGCAACAGCAGAAUGCUGCAAUAGCGGUGCGUGGUGGGGAUGAGAGAAUAUUCGUUUCAUAGGAAAUGAGAGUGUAACCCGCGGCAGUAGCUAGGCGCAACAUUGUCAAAUUCACAGCGGCGUGGGAAAGCACUGCAUCCUUAGCAAUGUCCAACUUGUACAGCAGUGCGGAAGAGUUGUUCCGUUGUUUUACAGCGAACAGAAGUGUUUUUGUAGCCGUAUCUGCUGGGCGACUAGAGAGUGGAAGGCGCUUAGGCAGUCUGAUGGAGCUGACUUAGCCCGCCAACCGGAAACAGUUGGUCGUUGUGGGGGAAGAUCGUUAGGGUUGUACACAUACCGGUAUCCACGUAUCUAACUGUUACCCGCUGGCACCUGCUGGGCCGAGAGAUCAUCUUUCAGGUUGUUGUUUUUUGCGCACGCCGUCGUGAAUGGUUGUCAAAAGCUGACUUCAGGAUGCCUCUCGUUUUGUCGAUUUCAAUUGUUUUGCGUCUUCGCGUCCCUGCCGUAGCAAUUCCUGCUGUAGCUCAACCAAGAUGCUACGGGCGACGUGGGCUGACACCAACAGAAACCUUAUGAUGUCCCCAAAGUGCCGUACGUGUACGUCAUCGUACAAGCGGUUACUUGGGUGUUCACACUGCUGCUGCACUCUUAUGGACGCGGAGUGGAGGGCAUAUGAUAACAAUGCACGAAAUACAUCAUACAAUGGCGAAG